CCAAUCACGCGCCACCACGCGCUGAUCCCGUCGCUUUCUUCCUCAACCGAACGGUGUGAUCAUUCAACCGACAAAAAAUGGUCAUCAACUCUGGCGUUUUUCAGGAGGAACACGUGCUGAGUCGCGCUUCGUAAACUGUAUUUCUGACCCGACACAAGAAAGCGCGCUGUAGCUUUCUAGUUUCGGUUUCAGUUCUGCUUUCCAUUCAGUAGUCAGCCAGAUCCACUAUAAUCCAAAAUGGCCGCGCUCAUUCAUGUGCUUAGCAGCAUGCAUACACUGUGAACUGCGUAAACUUCAGUUACGCGAGUCAUACAAGUCGCCACUCUUGACAGAGACCGUAUAAAUUAUUUUCACGAACGAGCAUUUCUUCAAUCAUGGGGUCCCUUGGAAGAAGCGUGUCUACCUUUAUUACGAUCUGUACUCAAGUUCGGUCGGGACCCUCCGUCCAGUCGGUGCGAUUUCGUCGAAGGGGUUUUGUAAGAACGGCUCAGAAGGUCAUCUAUCCGACUUCGAAAACAGAAGAUACAAGUAAACCGGCAAGCGAACCUAUCUGUGGGCCACGAUACAUCAAGUUAGGCAGCGACGACGACGAAUUCGCGAACACCAUGAUGCAGCUGAAGAUGAAGCGCAGGAGGGAGAAGCUAAACAAGGUCCUCCUGGAAGGAAAGAGAUUAAUCGCCGAUGCGCUGAAGGCCGGCGUUGAGUGCGAAAGCAUUUACUUCACACUUCCGGAAAACAUAGAAGGACUGCCCUUGGAAACUCUAAGGGAAGACCAAAUAAAGAAGGUAUUCUACAAGAAGAUGAAAAUUUGGUCCGACAUGACAACUUGCCCUGGAAUAAUGGGUGUGUUCAAAAAGCCGUCCAUGGACCAAAUCGAGAUUCAAAGAACAGGAGAUACAAUCCCUGUAAGCGUGAUUUUGGACAAUGUUAGAGAUCCUGGAAACAUGGGAACACUGAUCCGAACUGCUGCAGCUGCGGGAUGUAGCCAGUUACUGCUUUCGAAAGGCUGCGUGGACCCAUGGGAGUUGAAAGUGCUACGUGCUGGUGCCGGGUCACAUUUUCGAAUACCAAUAUACAGCGGCAUAGCUUGGGAACACAUGCCAAGCUACGUGACCCCCGAGACGCCAGUUUACCUAGCGGACCACCGCAGUUUUGAACCUGCUGGGGCACGCAGACUAUUUGCAGAGAAUGACGACGAGCUGAACGAAGAAGAAGCCUCUGACAGCAAAGAGGAGGAAGAUGACGACGAGGGGUCUAGGUACAGGAUUGAGACUGCAGACGGACGGAGGCUGACAGUGGAUAAGUCGUAUCGAGACGUGGACGAGCUGGAAGAUUGCUCGGAGGUCGGAGUGCCCCAUUACGAGUACACCGCUGCGAAGUACACCAACGUGCCGAGUGUUCUUGUGGUGGGAGGAGAAACGCAGGGACUCAGCCUCCAGGCUCACAAGCUGGCCGUGGACUGUAUUGGUGCGAGAGUACACGUGCCAGCGAACAACGGCAUUGACAGCCUGAACACAGCGAUUGCAGCGUCGAUCAUUCUGUACGAGAUGCGGAGACAAAUGCUGUUUUCAUCGUCUGGCUCCGACCAUAGUAGCAAGGAGGAAGAAACAAACAGGAGCCAAAGCGCCCAUGGACAUCUGUAAAAGUCAUGUUUAUUGUAGUGGUUGCAUAUGCCAUUGUUAGAGCAAAAUCAUGUACUUUCGUAGCUACCUAAACGCAUUAUCGUUAACAGCCUUUUCAGGCUAUCAAAGCAAAGCCAGGGAACUGAAACGUUUCUGCUAAAAACAUUCAUUUAUUUUGUUUAACGUGAGAAUUGGAGUGUUGCGAUAAAAGGAGGGGGGGGGGGGGCAAUAUUCUUGUGUCGGUAGGGACAGUUUGUACAUAGUAGUUUUUAGUUUGCGCUUAUGUUCUGGUACAGUACAUGCAACAUUGUUGCACAUUAUACGCAUCCGUCAAAACAUAUUCUAGUGACUGUUUCUUGUAUGUUGGCCCACUGCAACUUUGUAGGCUUGUUAGUGCAGCAAUACAUGUGUGGAAGUCCCACCCCUGAAGCCACACAAGUUUCAUAAAUACAGUCAAACCUCGAUAUAAAGAACACAGAUAUAAAAAUUAUGGGAUGCAACUUAGUAAGUAUAAAGUGUCUUGCCGACAUCAGCAGCUUGUAGCAAGUACUGUAUAUAGCAAAUGUAUGUUCUUGUUGGAUGCAACUUGUUAUAACUACAGUUCAGUGUUUUUGUUUUUUAUUAUACCGAAAUUCGACUUGCAUUGUUUUUUUUAUUUCCACCAGGAAAUUUUUGUUAUUUUCAGCGAUUACAGUUGUCUAAAUUAACUUUAACCAGCUGUUCUCAAUGGAUAUUAUUUUGCAUUGAGCUUCCUUUUUUUUUUAAUCUGGUUUCACCAAUUUCAUUGACACUGAAAUGUGCCGCAUGGCUGCACAUCCUGCUCUACGGCACUGUGGUUAGGUCCAAUCUGCAGAACAACAAAACCAUAUGGCAAUAUGAAACUAUGCAGGAAUUAAGAGAAUGCAUUAGAUAUUUGAGCACAAAUAAAAUGAGGCCUCAUAUUAUAUUAUUACUUGGGCAGCAGGCUGAAGCUUCAGAACUGACCUGGCCAGGCUUCUUUAAUUGAAGCUUGUGUAGGUUUGCAGCUGCAAUCUGAUCGCCCUUUUAGCUCUCAGUUAAACCGAAUUUUGGUUAAAAAAAAAUUUGGCAACGAACCAAAAAUGUUGAACCCUAGUUAUAGAAAGGUUCUACUGUAUAAUGAAAAAUGCAGCAGCUACCUUUGUUCCUUGGCCCCAGGGUUGCCUCCAACGGACAGGGAAACAUGUGGCUGGCCAUAGAGGCUGUACACAUUGUGCCAUGUCCUAUGGAAGCACUUCAACAUUGCUGUAUCACAACACAUACCACGUAUAGUACCUACUUUCCGAAUCAAUUGCAUUUUUUUAGUACGGCAUCACCAUUAUGAAAUGGCAUGCAUGAAAUCCUUUUGC